UUCUUGGUUUUCAUCGUGACCAGCCACACUUUAUAUUUCUCACAGGACAUAAAACAAAAAAUAAAUACUCUGUGAAAACGUUUAUAACUGUUAUCCUUUUCAUGCUUACAGGAUUCCACAGUGGAUAUCAGUAUGUUAUCCUGAAAAUAGAUCAAUAUUUUCUUUGAGGAAAUACUUAUCGAUAAUCUUCGACGAAUUUCAAGCAGAAAAGAGUAGAUUAAAACUGACUUUGCAUUAUCUUAGAAACACCUGUCUCCUCCUCUUAUAAACAAUUCAGUUUACAAUUCUUGGUCAUUUUGACCGAGUCGCAUUGCCAGUAAUACCUCCUGAAUAUAGCAAGAUGGCCAGAUUUUUUGCAGAAAUAGUGACGAUGUUUUUUCUACUUGUAUUUGUUUUCAGGAUUGCCAGUGGAACAAGUUGUGGACAGUGUCGGAAUGACGUCAGCUUCCAGUCAAGACCAGGUUGUUAUCAUUGUUUGCAGAGCAUGGAAUCAUUAAUUAACAGACGAAACCAACCAUUGCCGUCUCUACGCGACAUCUUGGAUUCAAUACAACAUCAACAGCAAAAUAAACCCGUCUUAACAUCAAUUGAUAAACAAGAGUUUGUCAACUCAAUUCUCCGUGUCUUUCAAGAUGACUCUUUAGACUACAUUCAGCAGUCAUGAUCUGAUGU